GCUGUCAGGUGAGCUUUAUGCUUGUUUUUGACAACACCUUAACUGGAGAUAUCCAUCCGUCCAGUUUGGAAACGCCUUCUGGAUUAUUGCUAUCUUCUGAAAAGAAGAAGGAAAAGAAAAAAGAGUUUUACUCAUUUCUUCUGGAAGACCCAUGUGGGUGGUGGAGAAGAUCCGCGUGUCAAUGGAGAGAUCGAACCUGCCCUUUCCAUCAGCGGACCUCAGCUUUAAAAUCAGUGACCUCAUGUUGGGAGAAAAAGCCAAAAGGAUUUCCCUCUGCCCUAACAUCAUCACCCCUGACAACAUCCCCGAGUUCUGCAUCCCGCCAACGAUCCUGUCCCUUCAGGAGCUGAAGAACGUGGAGCUGAGCCGAACGACUCACAGUAACAGGACGCCUCCCUUUGGGAGGGCCAGUCCUGAGACAGAGGCAACGUUUCACGAGCCCCUCAAGCCACACAUCAUCCAAGUGGAAAGUGUGGAUGAGAGUCCAUAUGAUUGCUGCAGUGACGAAGAGACGACGAAUGCAGAUCCCCAGAGCCAGGCUGCUUUGUCCCUUCCUCACCUGGCUAAAGCCCAGACCAGUUAUGGGUUUUGCACUUUACUGGAAAGCCCUCACACCAGGAGGAAGGAGUCAAUUUUCCACUCUGAUCCAGGCUCCUCUCCGCUGCUGCUGCCCAGGAGUCGAUCCAGCAUGUGCACCAAAAUCCCCUCCUCCACCUCCCCCUCCUCAUCGCCUUCCUCGUUCAGCCUCAACAGCCUGACCUCCAGGCUUUCCCCGAGAGGCUACACCCUGAACUGGCAGGCCACGCUGGACAGCGAUACAACCUCCUCCACCGAGUCCUCUCCUUUCAGCUCGCCGCUGCUGAACAGGUGCCCUGCCAAGUCUUCCCUCUUCAAAGCGCUGAGCCAUGAACUCCUUUUAUCAAGGAACAUGAGGAAGGCAAUGGUGUCCAGGAACAAUUCCCUGUCCACGGACGAAGGCAGCUCCACCGACAACAGUCCUAAUGUCAUGAGAAGGGCAUCGGAGGGUUUAGCCGAAGGCCUGCCGAGCAGCUACAGCCUGGCACCACCCACCAUCUUCCCCGUGGACCUGACUCUGCACAGAGAGAGGGCAAUGAAGGAGAGAAUGGUGCCCAUAGGAAAAGACGGCAGCUUGAGACUGUCGGCGGAGUACUGUCUGGAUAACCAGAGACUGCGGGUUCGGCUGAUCAGCGCAGAGGGCCUCUAUCCUCUUUCUGUAGACCCCAAGAUUAUCAACUGCAGUAUCAGCCUCUCUCUCGUGCCUGGAAAACUGCAGAAGCAACGCAGCACAGUCAUCAGAAAGAGCCGCAAUCCCAUCUUCAAUGAGGAUUUCUUCUUUGAUGGGAUCUCCGAGGAAGACCUCGGCCAGCGGUCCCUGCGAUUUAAAGUGGUGAAUAAGAUGUCCACCCUGAAAAGAGACUAUCUCCUCGGGGACUGUGAUCUGCCUCUUUCCAGCAUUGUGACGUCACAAACUUAAAAAAAACCUGCUUUGACUCUUUA